AGAGUCCAAAGAAGUCUCUGCACCAUGGCGGGUCCUGUCAGCUUGCGAGAGCUUCUAAUGGGCGCUUCAUCCUGGACCGGCUCUGAAAGUCCCGAGGGGUCCCCUACCGAGGGCGGAGGGAGCGUGGCUGGUGGACCCGAGCCUCCUUGGCGAGAGGAUGAGAUCUGCGUGGUAGGAAUCUUCGGCAAGACGGCUCUGCGACUGAAUUCCGAGAAGUUCUCACUUGUGAAUACGGUUUGCGACCGACAGGUCUUUCCCCUCUUUCGCCACCAAGAUCCUGGGGACUCAGGGCCUGGAAUCAGGACCGAGGCUGGCGCCGUCGGGGAGGCUGGUGGAGCCGGAGACGCUGGGGCUGGGGCGGGGGAUUCAGUUCGGGGAGGUGUAGCGGCCACUGAAGGGAACCGAACCGAGCCAGGCUCCCAGGACUACAGCCUUCUGCAGGCCUAUUACAAUCAAGAAAGCAAAGUUCUUUAUCUUCUUCUCACUUCCAUCUGUGACAAUUCCCAGCUUCUGCGGGCUUGUCGUGCCCUUCAGAGUGGGGAAGCUGGAGGUGGCCUCUCUUUACCUCAUGCAGAAGCGCACGAGUUCUGGAAGCAUCAAGAGAAGCUGCAGUGUCUCAGUCUCCUUUACCUUUUCUCCGUUUGUCACAUCCUGCUUCUGGUCCAUCCCACUUGUUCUUUUGACAUCACGUAUGAUCGAGUAUUCAGAGCCCUUGAUGGACUGAGACAGAAGGUACUGCCCCUCCUCAAAACAGCCAUUAAGGAUUGUCCAGUUGGCAAAGACUGGAAACUAAACUGCCGACCUUGCCCUCCUAGACUCCUUUUCCUCUUUCAACUCAAUGGAGCCCUCAAAGUGGAACCCCCUCGGAGCCAAGACCCAACUCAUCCAGACAAGCCCAAGAAACAUUCUCCCAAAAGGAGACUGCAGCAUGCCCUGGAGGACCAGAUCUAUAGAAUCUUUAGGAAGAGUCGUGUCUUAACUAAUCAGAGUAUCAAUUGCCUCUUUACUGUGCCUGCCAACCAAGCUUUUGUGUACAUAGUUCCCGGAAGCCAAGAGGAGGACCCAGUAGGCAUGUUGCUGGACCAACUUAGGAGUCAUUGUACUGUGAAGGACCCAGAAUCUUUGCUGGUGCCUGCACCCCUUUCUGGGCCCAGGCGAUACCAGGUGAUGAGGCAGCAUAGCCGACAGCAGCUUUCUUUCCACAUUGACAGCAGCAGUUCCAGUUCUUCAGGGCAGCUAGUGGAUUUCACUCUUCGGGAGUUUCUAUGGCAGCAUGUGGAAUUAGUCCUAAGCAAGAAAGGUUUUGAUGACAGUGUGGGCAGGAACCCACAGCCUUCCCAUUUUGAACUUCCCACUUAUCAGAAGUGGAUCUCAGCAGCUUCAAAACUGUAUGAAGUAGCUAUAGAUGGGAAAGAGGAGGACCUGGGAUCUCCCACUGGGGAGCUAACAUCUAAGAUUUUAAGCAGUAUUAAAGUCUUGGAAGGGUUUUUGGAUAUUGACACCAAAUUCUCAGAAAACCGGUGCCAAAAAGCUUUACCCAUGGCCCAUAGUGCCUAUCAGUCAAACUUGCCUCAUAACUACACAAUGACUGUCCAUAAGAAUCAGCUUGCCCAGGCUCUUCGAGUAUACAGUCAACAUGCUAGGGGUCCAGCCUUUCACAAGUAUGCCAUGCAGUUACAUGAGGACUGCUACAAGUUUUGGAGCAAUGGCCAUCAGCUGUGUGAGGAAAGGAGUUUAACUGAUCAACACUGUGUACAUAAGUUUCACUCAUUACCUAAAUCAGGAGAAAAACCAGAGGCUGAUAGAAAUCCUCCUGUGCUGUAUCACAACAGCCGAGCUCGAUCUACCGGUGCCUGUAACUGUGGAAGGAAACAAGCACCUCGAGAUGAUCCCUUUGAUAUCAAGGCAGCUAACUAUGACUUUUAUCAGCUUCUGGAAGAAAAAUGUUGUGGAAAAUUGGAUCAUAUCAAUUUCCCAGUAUUUGAACCAAGUACUCCAGAUCCUGCUCCUGCCAAAAAUGAAUCUUCUCCUGCCCCUCCAGAUGCAGAUGCUGAUAAACUUAAAGAAAAAGAACCUCAAACCCAAGGAGAGAGCACAAGCCUGAGUUUAGCUUUGAGUUUAGGCCAGUCCACAGAUAGUUUAGGUACCUAUCCAGCUGAUCCACAAGCAGGAGGAGAUAAUCCAGAAGUUCAUGGUCAAGGAGAAGUAAAAACUGAGAAGAGACCAAACUUGGUUGAUAGACAGGCAUCCACAGUUGAGUAUCUCCCAGGCAUGCUGCAUUCAAAUUGCCCUAAAGGUCUACUACCCAAAUUCUCCAGCUGGUCAUUGGUUAAAUUAGGCCCUGCUAAGUCUUAUAACUUUCAUACAGGUUUAGACCAACAAGGCUUCAUUCCAGGAACAAACUAUCUUAUGCCUUGGGACAUUGUCAUCAGGACUAGAGCUGAAGAUGAAGGAGACUUAGACACAAAUUCUUGGCCUGCUCCAAAUAAAGCUAUUCCUGGAAAGAGAAGUGCAGUAGUAAUGGGAAGAGGAAGACGGAGAGAUGACAUAGCUCGAGCAUUUGUGGGCUUUGAAUAUGAAGACUCUAGAGGUCGGAGGUUUAUGUGUUCAGGACCUGACAAAGUAAUGAAAGUAAUGGGAAGUGGGCCAAAGGAGUCCGCUUUAAAAGCCCUGAAUAGUGAUAUGCCCUUAUAUAUUCUGUCAUCAUCUCAGGGUAGAGGGCUAAAACCACAUUAUGCUCAACUUAUGAGGCUUUUUGUUGUAGUUCCUGAUGCUCCUUUGCAGAUAAUACUAAUGCCCCAGGUUCAACCAGGCCCACCACCAUGUCCAGUAUUCUACCCAGAAAAACAAGAAAUCACUCUUCCACCAGAUGGCCUCUGGGUUUUGAGAUUUCCUUAUGCAUAUGUGACUGAGAGAGGACCUUGUUUCCCUCCUAAGGAAAAUGUGCAGUUAAUGAGUUACAAGGUGCUCCGUGGAGUUCUUAAAGCAGUAACACAAUAAGUGUUUUAUAGCCAGUUCCAUCUUUUUUUUUUUAAUUAAAAAAAAUUUUUUUUCUGAUGUUUAUUUAUUUUUGAAGGAGAGACAGACAGUGUGGGGAGGGGAGGGCAGAGAGAGAGGGAGACACAGAAUCUGAAGCAGGCUCCAGGCUCUGAGUCAACACAGAGCCUGACAUGGGCCUUGAACCCAACCCAUGAGAUCAUGAGCUGAGCCGAAGUCGAUGCUCAACUGACUGAGCCACGCAGGUGCCCCUAUAGCUGGUUCCAUUUUAAGGCUGAUGUUUGAUUUUGCUGUGUAUGGGUUUGUUUUUUUUUUCAUUUUGUUUCUUUGUUUUUGUUUUGGUACGUGUAUGCUGUGUUUCCUUAAAUACAGAAUGUGCUUUGGUUACAGGAGUUCAGUAUUGAUACAAUAGUUCCACUCUUUCAUGAUGUUAUUGAUAUUUAUUGUAAACGGGCCUGUACCUUCUUAAUAAACAUUGGUUCUUGCAGAAAAGGACAUAAAUAUCUGGUUGAUACCUUUGGGGUUUUUUUUUGUUUCUGUUUCACUGUCCACAAUAAAACAUGUUUCUAUCAUAACUGAAUGUUGCCUAAUCAUGUUGAACCAAAAUUUUGUUUUGGUUAAAAAAAUGAUGUUUUAGCUGGGAUUUUCCUUAAGAUGCUGCUUCUGAAAUUAUUUUCAAAACAAGAUGAUCCAGUAGGUUAUCUGGCAAAAGUAUGAGGAUUAAUUGCAAAAAAAGCCCUGUUGUUUGGCUCACAAUUCUGGUACCUGAGUCAAAUUGUUUUGUUUUUGCCAUUUUAUUCCUGGACUGAUGCGACAGCAUAUUUUAAAGGAAUGCUAUCUGAACUAAUACUUUUUUUUUAAGGCUUUAUUAUUUUUUUAAGUUUAUUUAUUUAUUUUGAGAGAGCAAGAGUGAGAGCAAAAGAAAGAGAGGAGGAGAGAGAGAGAAUCCCAAACAGACUCUAUGCUGCCAGCUUGGAGCCUGAUAUGGGGCUUGAACCCACAAAACAUCAGAUCAUGAUGUGAGCUGAAACCAAGAGUUGGCUGCUUAACCAACUGAGCUACUCAGGCGCACUAAGGCCUUUUUUUUUUUUUUUUAAAGUAAUCUCUACACACAGCGUGGGGCUUGAACUCACAACCCCGAGAUCAGAAUUGCUUACUCUACCAACUGAGCCAGGUGCACCUGAAGUAAAACUUUUUAAUCCAAAAUAUUAAUACACACUUUACCCUUUAAAAAGUUACCCUGGGAGCGCCUGGGUGGCUCAGUCCGUUGGGUGGCCGACUUCGGCUCAGGUCAUGAUCUCACAGCCUGUGAGUUCGAGCCCCGCGUCAGGCUCUGUGCUGACAGCUCAGAGCCUGGAGCCUGUUUCGGAUUCUGUGUCUCCCUCUCUCUGACCCUCCGCCGUUCAUGCUCUGUCUCUCUCUGUCUCAUAAAUAAACGUUAAAAAAAAUUUUUUUUUUAAAUAAAAAGUUACCCUGUAAGAAUUUCUAUUUGUGAAACAACCACUAAAUGAUAGAGAGCCUAUCAAUCUAUGGUUAACUUUCACCAGCGUCAACAUGAUGCUAAUUUAUCACCAAUUAAAUAAAUACACGGAAUAAGUGAACACACCAAAA